AGUGCCAUCUCAUUUCACAAAGAGGCAUUUCCUUGGCUUUAAAAGUUUUCAGAUGUGAUGUAACCCGAAGAAAUUUCAUGGAGAAGUGCAAUUGCAAAUGUGCUUUUAGUCAACCACUGAACACUAUAUCUGAGCAAGCUGAAGCAAUUGACGACACCGGGCGCCCGAUAAGUGGGCCGGGCGGGUGAGUUCAACCGGGUCGCCUGAUUCAUGUUGUGUCGAGCCCAAGUCAAGUCAAUUUGGAACUCUGCUUCGAUUGAACCAUAUGAGAACGGCAUCCUCAAAGUCCGCACCCGUGCCCUAAAUGCAGCGGUGAAACUGUCUCCUUCUCCACAGCGACCACGACUGCGGCGUUUUCCUUGGCGAAAGGCGGCAGCUGCUGCGGCGGCAUCUUCCUCCGUCGAGCUCUUAUCGCUGCGGCGUUUUCCACGGAGAACGGUGCAUUCUGCGGCUUCCUCUCCGUCGGCGAACGGUUACAGCGCCCGGGAUAUAGUGUUGUGCUUCACAGUUUCUAAAGCUGCUACCUACAAUAGAUAAAUAGCGGAAGGUUGUGUUAGUGUGCAUGUGUCAUAUCAAGACAUUAUUUCAGUGGUGGUUAAUAGCUUGGAUGUGAGCAUGGUAAUAAGUAAAUGAUCAAAGGUGGAUUUACGUGAUUGGUAGGGGAAUGUUAUCCGAUACAGAUGAUUAGUUGGAAGCUUUCAACUUACUUUUGGUUCGAAGCAGAUACAGAAAAUAUAUUUAGUUCGGAUGCGUUUGAUUUGAUGUAGAAGAGGCAUUUGGCCUUGUAGAGGGCAGCAAUAAAACUACUUUUCUUGUGUUUUUCUGUAAACAGUGUGUGAUGCUGCUUCAAAAUAUAAUGUUUUUGGUGCAAAAGAGGCUCUUUUGCAUUCUCCCAUGUUACAAGUCCACCAUCCAUCUUUCUUCCUAUGAACUCUGCAGUCUGUUUAGCUUUUCCACCGCCAAAGACCAAAUUUCAGAUCAUAAAUCCAACUUUACAGUGGUCAACCCCCUUCAAUCAUGUGAACUUUCCUCAGAAAAAGCUGCAAAAACAGCCAAGUGCCUCACCUGUCACACAAAAUCUUCAAGUUCAAGUCUUUCCAUUGAGUUCUUUAAGCAGAACGGUUGGAGCGAUGCACAAGUCAUGAAACUUACCCAGAGGGCACCCAAGUUGCUGCGUGCUAAGGUAGAGACUACACUGAAGCCCAGGAUGAGAUCUUUGCAGGACAUGGGAUUUUCUGUUACUGAAAUAGUUCAGUUGGUUUCAACAUGUCCGGCUAUACUCUUUCAAAAUAUCCAACCAAAUAUGAACUUCUUGAGGUCACUACUUGGUUCUAAUGAGAGGUUACUGAAAGCCUGCAGGAGGAACAUAUUUCUUCUUACUUCUAGCUUAGCUCGGAGGAUAGAGCCCAAUAUAUCUCUCUUAAGGGAAUGUGGCAUCAGCGAUGAACUCAUCGCGCGUAUGGUGGUGAUGAUGCCGGGUUUUGUUGUUCGAAAAAACAUAUUUAUUAAGGAAGUUAUCGAACAUGUUGAGGAGUUGGGUGUGCCACGUGAUUGUGCAAUGUUCCCUUAUGCAGUUCUUGCUGUCUUGAACAUAAGCAGAUCUAAGUGUGAUGCUACCUUUGCAACCUUGAAGAGCUUUGGUUGGUCCCAGCCAGACAUCGUUGCCAUACUCAGGAAUAACCCAUGUGUUUGGAAACUCUCAAAGAAGAACAUAUCUGACAAGAUGACAUUCCUGAUGAAGGAAGCUGGUUGUGAGCUGCAGUAUAUCAUUUGCCAUCCUGCGAUUCUUGCAUAUAGCUUGGAGAAUAGGUUGAGACCGCGACAUGAAGUUCUAAAUUUUCUUGAGCAGAAUAAAUUUCUGGAUAAAGGACAUAGCCUUUCAUAUGUCAUGCGACUAAGCGAGCAGAAGUUCAUGAACAAAUAUCUUUUCCCGUACAAGGAGAAAUUUACUGCUCUCUAUAGUUCCUAUGUUGCUGCUGUGCAGGGAAAGCACCAUGUUGUCGCUGAAAAUUAGGAUUGCAAGUGCUUCCUGGAGACAAAAGUGUAAACCUAAUUGCAUACUGACUGCACUAUUGAAGUCUUAAAUUUGGGACUCUUCAUCA